AUGACAGGUGACUGUAGAACCUCCAAGACCGUGACAGGUGACAGUAGUGCCUCCAAGACCAUGACAGGUGACUGUAGUGCCUCCAAGACCAUGACAGGUGACUGUACAGCCUCCAAGACCAUGACAGAUGACUGUAGGGUCUCCAAGACCAUGACAGGUAACUGUACAGCCUCCAAGACCAUGACAGGUAACUGUAGAGCCUCCAAGACCAUGACAGGUCACUGUAGAGCCUCCAAGACCACGACAGGUAACUGUAGAGCCUCCAAGACCACGACAGGUGACUGUAGACCCUCCAAGACCAUGACAGAUGACUGUACAGCCUCCAAGACCAUGACAGAUGACUGUAGGGUCUCCAAGACCAUGACAGGUAACUGUACAGCCUCCAAGACCAUGACAGGUAACUGUAGAGCCUCCAAGACCAUGACAGGUCACUGUAGAGCCUCCAAGACCAUGACAGGGCACUGUAGUGCCUCCAAGACCAUGACAGGUGACUGUAGAACCUCCAAGACCAUGACAGGUAACUGUACAGCCUCCAAGACCAUGACAGGUAACUGUAGAGCCUCCAAGACCAUGACAGGUCACUGUAGAGCCUCCAAGACCAUGACAGGUAACUGUAGAGCCUCCAAGACCAUGACAGGUGACUGUAGGGUCUCCAAGACCAUGACAGGUAACUGUACAGCCUCCAAGACCAUGACCUGUAACUGUAGAGCCUCCAAGACCAUGACAGGUCACUGUAGAGCCUCCAAGACCAUGACAGGGCACUGUAGUGCCUCCAAGACCAUGACAGGUAACUACAGAGCCUCCAAGACCAUGACAGGUCACUGUAGUGCCUCCAAGACCAUGACAGGUGACUGUAGUGCCUCCAAGACCAUGACAGGGCACUGUAGUGCCUCCAAGACCAUGACAGGGCACUGUAGUGCCUCCAAGACCAUGACAGGUAACUACAGAGCCUCCAAGACCAUGACAGGUCACUGUAGAGCCUCCAAGACCAUGACAGGUCACUGUAGAGCCUCCAAGACCAUGACAGGUCACUGUAGUGCCUCCAAGACCAUGACAGGUCACUGUAGAGCCUCCAAGACCACGACAGGUGACUGUAGACCCUCCAAGACCAUGACAGAUGACUGUACAGCCUCCAAGACCAAGGGAAGAUGA